AUGGCGUUUUUCCCGGGAAAUCUCGCCAGGAGCCCCAGGCGAAGGAGCUCCAGGAUUUGCUGCCAGAGAUGCCUGCCCGCCCCCUGCAACACAACAAGGUCUAUGGCUAAGGAACCUUCUGCAGCGUCUUCUCGGGCCCCCUCUUUGCCCACCACUACUAUCAAAGAGGAGCUGCUGUGCCCAAUUUGUUAUGAGCCCUUCAAGGAUGCCGUCACCCUCUGCUGUGGCCACAAUUUCUGCAAAGGCUGCGUGGGCCGUUCCUGGGAGAAUCAAGCCCGCCACGUCUGCCCGGUGUGCAAAGCGAGGUCUUCUCUGGAGGACCUGCGCACCAACCACACGCUGGCCAACAUCGUGGAGAUGUUCCUCAAGCAGGAGAAGAAGCAGGAGCAGCAGCAGAGGGCUGGGGAGGCUUCUGCCCUCUGCUCCUUGCACCGCGAAGAGGCCCGGCUUUUCUGCCUGGAAGACAAGGAGCUGGUCUGCUUUGUGUGCCAAAACUCCAAGCAACACGCAGACCACAAAAUGAGGCCUGUAGGGGAGGUUGCCAAGGAUUACAGGGCCAAAUGCAAAGACAUGGAAAGAUCUCUGUGGGAUAAAAUGCAGGAAUUUGGAAGAGUACAGUCGUCUUACAGACAGAUCGCUAACCACAACAAGGUAGAAAGUGCCAGGCUGGAGAAAGAGCUCAAAAAGCAGUUUGAACAAUUGCAUGAGUUCCUGUGGAAUGAGGAGAAGGCCACACUGGAGGAGCUGCAGGCUGAGACCCGGCAGAAGAAAGACCUGAUCGAGGACAAGAUCAAAAAGCUGUCGGAAGAAAGCAGCAUCUUGCAACAGGAGGUCGACCAGUUGCAGGCUGACCAGAAAGAAGAUGAUGUCUCCUUCCUCCAGAAACACAAAAACCGGAAACGCAGAAUUGCCUGGACGGCGGAAGAGCCAGAAGCUGUUCCCCUGGGGAUGCUGAUAGAAAUUACAAAAUACUUGGAUUCCUUGCAAUACAACAUGUGGAAGAAAAUGCUGAAUAUCAUCAAAGUAGUCCCAUUCAGCUUUGAUCCCAACACAUCUGCAGGAAGGCUGUCUGUCUCCGAUGACCUCACCAGUAUUUCCACCAGUAACUACAAGCUGUUGGUGGAUGUCCCAGAACGCUUCUCUGCUGGGUUACCGUGCGUCCUGGGCUCUAAGAGCUUUUCCAAAGGAUCUCACGCUUGGGAAGUAGAUAUUGGCGGCAUUGAUAACUGGUGCAUUGGAGUGGCCAGGAGGCAUUGUGGCUACCAGUGGAGCUUUGGCAGCGAUUCCUAUCUUGGGUUUGCCUACACGUACCGUAUGCAGGGUGCCAGCAACAAGCAAUGCCAGUCCUCCAAGUCAAUCCUGCUGGGGGCUGCAAGUGGGAAGGACCUCAAGAGGGUCAGAGUGGAACUGGACUGUGACGAAGGGGAGCUAUCAUUCUACAACGCAGAGCACAAGAGUCAUAUUUAUACUUUCCACGACAAUUUUGGGGAAGUUGUCCCAUACUUCUGCAUCUGUGGUGUAGAUGCUGUUGAGUCUUCAUCUGAGUCGCUCAAGCUUUGCCCACUUCAGGUUCAGAUCAAGGAAGAUUAUCCUAAUUGAGAAAAGUGUGCUUAUUAAUCUCCAUCUAUGUAC